UACAGACAUCCGGAGAAUCAUGGAGGACACCGCUGGCAGUAAUCCUCAAUCUCUCGGAUUUACAGAAAAAUUAAAGUCGUGGCUCUCCUGGUCAUGGACGUACGUGUGCUUCAUUUGGUUCGGCAUGGUGCUGAUCAUGAUCUACGUGCUGUGGAGUCCGCUGAAACUGCAGGAGUCUCUUACCUCAGCCUCGGUGUUUUUAAAUACACUGACUCCUAAAUUCUAUGUGGCUCUCACUGGAACCUCCUCUCUCAUCUCUGGACUCAUCCUUAUAUUUGAGUGGUGGUAUUUUCGUAAAUAUGGGACCUCAUUCAUCGAACAAGUGUCCGUGAGCCACCUGCGUCCUCUCCUGGGAGGAGUUGAGAGCAGCUCCACAACCGGGCUGUUCUCAUCAGUUAAUGGAGAGGCGGAACCAAGACCCAGUGUUUCAGAGUGUAAGGUGUGGAGGAAUCCUCUCAAUCUGUUCAGAGGAGCAGAAUACAACAGGUACACCUGGGUAACGGGGAAGGAGCCCUUGACGUACUAUGAUAUGAAUCUGUCUGCCCAAGACCAUCAGACAUUCUUUACAGGAGACACACAGCAGUUAAAACCAGAAGAUGCUGUGAUGCAGAAAGCCUGGAGAGAGAGAAAUCCUCAAGCCAGGAUCAGAGCAGCUUACCAGGCCAUAGAAAUGAACCAUGAAUGUGCUGCAGCGUACGUUCUUUUAGCAGAGGAAGAAGCCACCACCAUCACAGAAGCCGAACGCCUCUUCAAAAAAGCUUUAACUAUUGCUGGAAAAGAUAUCAACUUACUGGUGUACAUUAAACGCAGACUGGCAAUGUGUGCACGCAAGCUUGGGCGAAUUAAAGAAGCUGUGAAAAUGAUGAGAGAUUUAAUGAAGGAGUUCCCAUUACUAGGAAUGUUAAAUAUCCACGAAAACCUCUUGGAGGCAUUACUAGAGCUUCAGGCAUACGCUGACGUCCAAGCAGUCCUCGCCAAAUAUGAUGACAUCAGCUUGCCAAAAUCAGCCACUAUAUGUUACACAUCUGCUCUGUUGAAAGCACGGGCUGUGUCAGAUAAGUUCUCUCCAGAGGCAGCGUCCAGGCGGGGACUAAGCACAGCCGAGAUGAACGCUGUGGAGGCCAUACACAGAGCUGUGGAGUUCAAUCCACAUGUGCCAAAGUACUUAUUAGAGAUGAAGAGUUUGAUCCUGCCUCCAGAGCACAUCCUGAAGAGAGGUGACAGCGAGGCAGUGGCAUACGCUUUCUUUCACCUGCAGCACUGGAAGAGGGCAGAGGGAGCGUUAAACCUAUUACACUGCACCUGGGAGGGCACCUUCCGGAUAAUUCCUUACCCUCUGGAGAAGGGUCACCUGUUUUACCCUUACCCAGGAUGCACAGAAACCGCAGAUAGGGAACUACUGCCCUCUUUUCACGAGGUGUCCGUGUACCCGAAAAAAGAGCUUCCCUUCUUCAUCCUCUUCACAGCAGGCCUUUGCUCCUUCACUGCCAUACUGGCCAUGCUCACACAUCAGUUCCCCGAGCUCAUGGGUGUCUUUGCCAAAGCAUUCUUCAGCACACUCUUUGCACCCCUGGGUUUUUUCGCGGACAAGAUGGAAAGCUUCAUGCCGUCCAGUUUUUGGCACCAGCUGACUCGGAUCUGACCCCGACUCGCAGUCACACACACACACACACACACACACACACACACACACACACACACACACACAUACACACACCAAUACCACUCCAAACCCUCAGACAAAAAGUGUUUGCUCUCCUGUCUUCAGCAUUACUGUCCACUUGCUGCGCUGUUACUGAUUAUGUUGGCUGAGGUUGUAUCAACAUGGCAAUACCACUCUUAAGAUGCUCUCCCUCACUUGUCCCAGCAGCCCGACUUUUUCCAAGAACACAUUUAAAUGGGAUCAUUUGUUACAGGGCGAUCCAAAACAAAUUUUGCAUUCCACACAACCUCUUAUCGCUGAAUUCGGCGCAUUCAGAGCGCUGUCCGAGGCACUCGUCUAUUUAUUUACAGUAUGAAGUGAAAUCGUGACUAAACGAGAAAUGUUUUAUGGUCGGGACGGGAACUUGUACCAUCCAGCUGGGCAUUUAAAAGUCAGCGAGAGCUCCUAAAACCAGAGCUCUGAUUUACAGCCUUGGAGUGGCUGCAGUGUAUACAACACCUCCACAGUUUAACAGUUGUUACCAUGGCAUGACACCUCAGCACUAUAUCACUGGGGCAACCUCCAGCCCUGCAACGUCCAAAUGUGUGCGGGAUCAGCACUGGUCACUGUAAAGGCCUCUCGUGGCAUCACUUCUUUUUUUUUUAUUAUAACCCGGACUGUUGCAGGUCAACUACCACACAGAAAUGACAGCCAGUGUAACAUACCUGCAGUGAGACAUCCUAAAGAGGCUGCAUCACAGUUUUUAAGGUUUGAAACUUUCAUUCUCACAAGCUCUUUUUAUGCCCCCGAGUAGCAUUUAGUGACGGCGAAUCAAAUCAAAACAGGCAAAAAGUAAUUUUUUUUUUCCGUUUGUACAAAAAAGGUCUUUGUCUGUAUUCCAGAAAUGAAUUGGUGGCUUCACUACAUCCAUAUUCUCCACCACAGUUCAUUAUUUAUCUCUCUAAUGAAGAUGUUACCUGGUAGUUUUUACGUGGUCGGCGGCUACGGUCAUGUACAGCAAAUGCCUCGGGGAGAAAUAUGAGCAACAUCUUUUCACACCAGACACAAAAAUGUGAUAAUGGAAGUGCCUUUUACACCACAUCGCACUAAUCACAACCGAGCAACGUACCUGCAACACCGAUUUCAAGUUUCCAAAAAAAAAAAAAAAAAGAGCAAGGCAACUCUAUUCGAUUUUAAUGAAUCCAAUUUGAAAAAAAAACAAAAAAAAAGUGCUCCAUAUUUGACUUUACCGUCAAAAAAGCCGGGUAAACGUGAAAUGUGUGCGUACAUGCUGAAGACGGGAGAAUGAUUGAGUAACUGUUACUACCCUCAAAUGAGUUCUAAAGUGAAACUCACAAUAAAUGACUCUGUUAGUGCAAAUCA